CCAUAUUGUUUCCUAUAUCUUUUCUCUAUCGUCGUCCACUGCCAAUUAGUCCUGCAUACCACGCGCGUGCCAGUUCAUCCAAUUCACAGUUGUGUCGAUCACUCAAGAUGGCCAGCUCCUCGCCUUUGCCAUCCGCGUCUCCAAUUGGCAGGCGCGAUGCUGACUACGCCUUCCUCGUACAUUCGCAAAGAACCGUCGCGAACCAGAUGUCUCCCGACGUCGAUAACAAACCUCUUGCUAGGCAAAGACGACGCAGAACAAGCAAGGAAGACGAAGAUGUUCUGAAAGCAGAGUACCUGAUCAACUCCAAACCCGACAAAGCAGCACGCCUCGACAUCGUGAAAAAAGUCGCGCUUGGCGAGAAAGAAGUCCAAAUUUGGUUCCAAAAUAAACGACAGAACGACCGCCGCCGCUCCCGACCGCUCGAGCCUUCCUCGUCCGCUUCGCUGAUGUCAUCAUCUUCCAUCAUGUCUGACCCGCUCACCGAAGACGAGACGAGUGUGCGCGAAGUCGAGAACGCGCCGGAGCAGCAGGAGCCGGAAGCAGACCGGACGUCUGAUAGCCUAGGGCGGACAGCAACACCUGAAGCAACUCCAGACGAGACGGCGCAAGAGGCGCGCGAUGAGGAUAAACGCGAAACCGUCCACCACGAAUCCCAGACAACAAGCGAGUCUGCAGCUGAACCGCCUGCCUCCACAGUCGAACUGCCUAGCGAUUCCCCGCCUGCAGAUACGGCGCCACCCGACAUCAGCAACUCCCAGCAAACCGCAUCCACCCAGGGCGCCUCGCAACCACGGACGUCAUGGAUUUCGAAUCGCCGCAGCGCGUCCUUCGUCCGUUACAGCGAAGACUAUGCGUCGGAGAUCAUCACCUUCCCCAACGCUCCCUCGAAACCUGCCGAGUCGCCCGAGGUACCGCAGUCAGCCACAUGUCCGUUGAAGCGCGCACACUCCUUUGUGCGAAUAUCUACCAAUGAAGAUGGCACAGCACGCGUGGUAACAGACCUCGACAAGACACCCUCGCCCCCACACGCGAAGGCGAACGCCGCCACUUUCUCCCGCGCCGCUGCGGGGUUGCGAAGGACUUACAGUGCCGCUGGACUGAACGACCGGCUGGCAGCUGCUGCUCGUGGGGAGCCAAGUCCGAAGAUGCCCAGGGUAUCGCCAAACAUCGGUAGAAGCAGGGACUCGCGCACAUGGGAGUUCUGGUGCGAUCCCGAGAGUCGAUACAACACAAGUUUAACAGCACGCGCAGAGCAAGAGGAAAGUGGGAGUGCAGCGGACGCAAUUGGACUGCUACGCGCAAAUCGGAAAAUACUAGCCCAGAACCAAGCACGCCAGAACACGCCACUCAAGUCUCGACACCGUUCGAAUGAGGUGCUAGGAAGUCCGAGAGUCAAGAAGUCGCGCGGUUCCGUGCAACGCGCAUCCACCUUCGAUAGCCGCGUUCCAAGCAAGAGCAAACAGAAGGGCGGCGAUGAGACUGAGUCGGAUGAUAUGCUGCAGACAGAAUCAGACAAAGAGAACUGGGAGCCCGACAUGCCGAAAUCAGCGCGUCGACAGCGUCAUGUCGUCACACCUUCAGCUUCUCAACGAGCACGGCAAAUCCUGGGCGAGAACACAGACGUCAUGUCGCAGACCUCGAGUCUGGGCGCCAUGCUUGCGCGAGAGAAGGGCGCAGGCAGUAACGAAUCUAGCGAUCCUGAGCAGGACGACGAACUAAGAUCUUUCAUGCGUGGCGGCCCUAUGAGCGGACGGACAAGCUUGAGUUCGGCUGAGGAGGCAGGGUGCGUGGAAGGCUUGCUAAAGUUGAGCCAGGGCCAGUGGAAGUAAUCGCACGAGUCAAGACUGUGGAGAAAGGUCUACAUGUGAUCAUGGCGUGUAGGAUUGUGUUUGGCCUGUAUGUUUGCAGGCAUGUUUCGCUUCUUAGUGUCUUCCAGCGGGUGGGGUUUAGUGUUCUAGAAGGUUUAGGUGGGGGAACGCUUUACGAUAGGUACCGGUAUCAGUGCUUGGGUGUCUCCGUGUUGGGGCAGCUAGGUAUCAUUCAAAUGUACGAAGUCACGUCUAGUCAACCAC